UACCAUCUGGAAAAAGAUAAUUUGAUUCGCAGGUUGUGACUCGCAAACUGUGAGUCGCAGCUAGGCUGUGUGAUUCGCAAACUGUUAUUGUGCUUGUGUCGAUUCGUGCGCCAGACAUCGGCUCGUUCUGUUAUAUGAUACGCUUCGAUGAAACGAGGCCGGACGUGGAGGAAUCGAAAACGUAACAUUCGCGACAAAGUCGAUGAGUGUACGCCUUUAAAUCUUUUUGCACAAAACUAUACUCGACUUAAACAGUGGAUGAAAAUAAAAUCUAAUGGUUUACUUGAGGCGUGUUAUUUGGAACCACGUGACUUUCCAAAUACAGGACGUGGUUUGAAAGCCACAAGAACAAUCAACCCUGGAGAUGUGAUUGUUUCUCUGCCCGAGACGUUGCUAAUAACUCCAGUUACUGCCCUUGAGAGUGCUGUGGGGGAUGUCAUUAAGAGAUGUCGACCUCGUCUCACCCCUCAAGCAGCACUGUCUCUGUUCCUCGUCUACGAAAAUCACCUGGGAUCCCGUUCCGACUGGUUUGCCUACAUCCAGUCUGUUCCAGCCGUGUUCAGCACCCCUCUAUACUGGACACCUCAAGAGCUGGGUCACCUACCGCCGGCAGUUAGAGAGAGUGCUGGCCACAUGAUAGACCGACACAGAGAUGUCUAUGAUGAAAUUGUUGCUGUGUUAAAAAGUCUGCCUCACUGCCACACAGGCUGGUUUAGUUACGACAGUUUCCAAUGGGCGUGGACGGUUGUCAACACAAGAUCUGUGUAUCUGGAAACCAAACAGGUUCCACUGCUACAGUUUACUCCUUCAGGGGAGACAAAUCUGGCGCUGGCUCCUUUCCUCGACCUUCUUAAUCAUUCUGACAGUGCUCAGAUGGAGGCUGGGCAUAAUGCCAAGACCAGAUGCUAUGAAAUCAAAACAUUCAACAAAUUCAAAAAACAUGAUCAGGUGUUCAUCUCCUAUGGAUACCAUGACAACCAGAAGCUCUUUCUUGAAUAUGGUUUCACAAUUCCAGGAAAUACUCACAAUGUUCAUCAAUUUUCAUGGACUGAGCUUUGUAAUCUGAAAAGAGUGUUCAAGAUUUCACAUUGGCAGAAAAAACAGUCUGUGAUAUUUGACAACCGGCUAAACCAAGAUUUGACUUGUAGCACCAGUGGAUUGUCAUGGAAUCUCCAUAAUGUGCUGAUGAUUCUUGCUAUGUCAUGGGAUGAGUUGGAGAGCUGGAAAAGGUGGUAUUCGAAUGGAACAAUUUCCGACGAAAACGAAAGAUGUGUUCGUCAAAUGGCAGCGUGGUUGAUGAAUGAAGCUAUUGUUGAUUAUAAGCACAUGAAAGUGCCUUGCAGUGAAACCAAUCCUCAUGACAGACUGGUGUCGAGUCUCCUACAAGGUCAACUCGACAUUCUCCACAAAACAUGGACUACUUUACAAGUGUAAAUAACAACUUUUCACAAAAUAUAAAACUGGAAUACCAGUACUAUUCAUGACCUGUAUUUUUGUUACCAUAAAAACACACAAUGUAAAUUUUUUUUACAAAAUAAAAUGUUUGUUUGUG